AUGCACAUCACCAUCCUCACCCUGCUAGCAGCAGGAACAAGCGCCCAAUUCGUGAAAUCCUUCGUGCCACAAGUUGCACACGCCUACGGUCUCGAAGAAUCAGGCGAAUGGCACAAAAUCGACGACAACAACAACAUAAACCAGCACCCAGCAACCUCCCCGCCCACAGCAACCCCAUCCACCAUGAUGCCCAUGGCCAAACCAUCCAUCCAACCGAUAGCCUCAAGCUUCCCUUACGCUUCAGGCAUGUUUGACCCUUCGAGCUCUGCGGCUCCCAGCUACAGUCCCAGCUACGGCUACGCCCAUGGCCACCACGACGGCACUCCCUCUUCCGAUCACUACUACGUGGCAAGCACCACGCCAACCCACCGCCCCAGCCACGCUCUACACCUGCACCAAGCUCCUUACCCCCCUGCGAGUCCCAUGUCAGCUGGUCACGGACCCGCCGUUGCUCCGGAUGGACAUAUCGGUGUUCCGGCCGGUGGUAUGGGCGUUCCUCCUUCCGCUCAGGCUCCGGAGCCAUUGAAUGCGGCCCCGAAAGAUUCGGAGUGGGAGUCGGAAUCGAGGUUUGAGCAGAUGACUAACCCUAAUGCUGGCGAGCAGAGUGAUAUCGCUCCAGUUGCCCCUCUGGCUCCGGGUACCAAUGUUGCGCCGGUGCAGGUGCAUGAUAAGUUUGGCGCUGAUAAGGGCAGUUCUUUCUGUCUUGGUCAGUGCUUUGCUUCGGCUGAGGAGGCACAGUGUGGUCCGCCUUAUGGCUCGGCGGUUCUCCAGUCUGAGGGCUGUUAUACUUGCUGCUUUUCUCCUAAUGAGGACUUCUAA